GUAAGGAAAAAAACACGUCAAGGCGUUAGCUGUUGCUAGGAUACCGCAGCAAGUCCCCGCUUAGUGGAAGUGGUCGUGACAACUGAGUGGAUCCCUCUCAAAAAUGUCCUGUGCAGCGCUGCUUGAUGGCAACUGCCAGCCCAAGUCCAUGAGCCGGGCGAGACAGUGGACCGACGAGAUCGAGAACCUGUACAGAUUCCAGCAGGCAGGCUAUCGAGAUGAGAGGGAAUACCGUCAAGUCAAGCAGGUGGAGCUGGUGGACCGAUGGCCAGAGACUGGCUUUGUGAAAAAGCUCCAGAGGAGGGAUAACACCUUCUACUAUUACAACAGGAAACGGGAGUGUGAAGACAAAGAAGUGCGCAAAGUGAAGGUGUACGCGUACUGAGCAUACUGACGCAUACUGAGCAUACUUACGCAUACUGAGCAUACUACUGAGCAUACUGAGCAUACUUACGCAUACUGAGCAUACUUACGCAUACUGAGCAUACUGAGCAUACUUACGCAUACUGAGCAUACUGAGCAUACUGAGCAUACUGAGCAUACUUACGCAUACUGAGCAUACUGAGCAUACUGAGCAUACUGAGCAUAC